AUGAGCACCGUGGCGAUCAGCAAGUUGCCGCCGGUGCUCGUCCAGCCAUUAGAACCGGUCACGGUGACCGGUGACAUCAAUCUAUCGUCUUACGACAAGCAUCUUGUUUCCAGGCCUGCCACGGCGUUCUUCGUGUUUGAGCGUCCACUACACGAGCCCGUGGAGACCAUUAAAAGGGGACUGUCGCGAGCUCUUCUCGAGUACUACCCUAUCGCCGGCCGGCUGGCCGCUGGAGCCACCGCCGGCGAAGUCAUCAUCAAAUGCACCGGCGAGGGCGUGUCAUUCGUCGCGGCGUCCGCCAGCUGCGCCAUCAAGGACGUCAUGGGUCUGACCGAUCCGUCGCUGAAAGAGGAGCUCGGCGUGUUCUACGACGGCCGGUGCAGAUACUCUGAUCCGCUGGUGUUGAUGCAGGUGACCGUCUUCUCCUGCGGCGGGUUCGUCCUGUGUGUAACCUGGAACCACUCCGUCGCCGAUGGCGUCGGGAUGGGCCAGUUCAUGCUGGCGGUCGGCGAGCUCUCUCGCGGUCUGCCGUCCCCGUCCGUCGUCCCGGUCAGGCAGCCCGAUUCGCUCAUCUUGAGCCCGCCUCCGGUUUUCACAAAGAUUAUGCAGCUCCUGGGUAGCCUCCAGCCUACUCAACUGGCCUUGCUUGACAUCACCAUCCGAUCAAGCUUGAUACGGCGCAUCAAAGAUAAAUACUCGUCGAUGAACUCCGGCCAGCCGUGCACGGUGUUCGAGGCGGUGGCCGCGGUUCUGUGGCGGUGCCGGGCCCGUGCAAUCUCCUCCGACCCGGAGGCGCUCACCGUGCUCUUCUUCCCUACCAAUGCGCGCACGUACGCGGGGGCAGAAGAGGGAUACUACGGCAACUGUCUCGUGUGGCGGCUGGUCACGGCGACGGCCCGCACGGUGGCGAAUGGCGACAUCAUGGACCUAGUCAAGAUGAUCCACGCCGCGAAGGAUCGGGUGCCCGGCCAGUCGGACAUGGACGAGCUGCUGCAGUUGCCGGACUGGUACGACCUUCUUCGUGUCACGUCCUGGCGAAACAUUGGGCUUCAGACACCUGAUUUUGGCGCGGGGACGCCGACGAGGGUGAUGGCACACUCGCCGCCGCAGAGAGACCUGCCCAAAUGCACGGCGUGUAUCCCGUGCAUGGACGAGUACAACGUGUUGUCCACCUGCGUGAAGGAGGAACACGCCAGCGCCUUCCUCCACGAAUUAGCAGAUAUGCACCUCAAUUACAUUUAG